CCGCAACGCCGCAACGCAGCGACGCACGUGACACUCCCCGGUCCUAGCUCCAAGCCGAGCAUCGCGAUCAUCCACGAGCACGAGCAGCUUCCGAUUCAUUCCGCGCUGGUAGCCAGAAAGACAAGAUGGCACUUUACCUAAUCUCCAAAGUCGCAGACCCCAUCUUCGCCGCCGCAAUUGGCACCUCUGCUGCCCUAAUCCGCAUCCACCGCGAUCAGCAAGAGAAACAGCCCUCGCACGCCAAGGAGAUCGGCUAUCGUGAGGUCAUGUCGUUGGGAGCGAAUCGGGUACGGCGCUGGUGGGCUGGGGAUUUCGCAGGGCUGUAAAUAAAUGUCUUGGAAGUACGAAGUAAUCGAUGUGCGAUUCAGUCGUUUUCGAAGUGUUUGUCGACGAAGGAGGGAGGGAUAUACGGGACUUGGGUUAGGGAAUGAUCUUUGGCUCUAUUUUCACGACAACUGACAUACUCAUCUAGAUUGGCAGUCACAUACUCAUAGGAAGACCAAGUUUCUCGCAGACAGACGGUUGCAGAGGCAGCUCUUCCAUGAGAAAUUUCCCAUCUUUACCAUC